AUGGCGACGCCGAUCGGUCGAGUGACGGCCGUUAUGUCGUCCGUGAACGCUUUCGCGGAGCACAUCGCGGGAAUCAUGGCGCCGGGGCCGCAUCCACACCCGCACCCGCAUCCGCAUCCGAAGCCGCACGGAGCAAAGCCGUACGGCGAUCCGUCGAAAGGGCCGUGCCUCCCGCGCGAGCAGAAGGUGCAGAUCCAGGGCAUCAAUGGCGACUUCUGCAGUCCGUCGUGUUCGAAGGCGAGCCCGUGUCCAGCGGACCCGUACAAGGGGGCUCUCGCGAAACCGGCGUGCGUGUUGCAGACGCCGGGCAGCGAUGGACCGGAUCGAUGCGCUUUGGUGUGCGAUCCGCGAGCCGGGCCGACCGGGGGAUGUCCGAAAGGAUCCGCGUGCCAACCGGUGGCGCAGGUUGGGAUCUGUACGUACCCGAUGUGA